UCUUCUUGGUUGAGUGUAGAUAAUAAUUGAGGUUGUGUAGUUCGUUGACAGAAGCGUAGACUGAAAAAGAAAAUAGAAAAAUGAAGAGGCAAAUGGCAUGAUGCUACAUGAAAUCAUCAUUAAAUUUUUAAUAAGACCAUUUGGUUGACUCAAAUAUAUUACUAGAAGCAUUACUCGAAGCUAGAGAGAGAGAUAGAGAGAGAGAGAGCCCUCAUUCAGCUUUCCUUAUUUCUCAUAUGAAAAAUCUUGCGCCAAAGCAAUGCUACCAUUUGUUAUACUCUCCACAUUCUUGAUAACACUCACACCAACAAAUGCCGCCGCCGCCGCCGCCGCUGCCGCCCUUAGCUUCCGAGAAGCCCCCAAAUUCUACAACUCCGCGAGCUGCCCCACCCUCACCCCCGCCGCCGCCGCCGACACCGCCGACACCGCCGCAUAUAUCUGCUACGACGGCAAUGCGAUCAACGUGGCCAUGACCCUCGACGCCGCCUACCUCCGCGGCUCCGUCGCCGCCAUCCUCUCCGUGCUGCAGCACUCCUCCUGCCCGGAAAACAUCGUGUUCCACUUCGUGGCGUCGUCGUCCUCCGCCACGUCCGCCCUCCGCGGCACCAUCACCGCCGCGUUCCCGUACCUGCAGUUCGGGAUUUACCCCUUCGACGACUCCGCGGCGGCGGGGCUGAUCUCCACCUCCAUCCGGGCGGCCCUGGACUGCCCGCUCAACUACGCCCGCAACUACCUCGCCGAUCUCCUCCCCUCAUGCAUCCAGAAGAUCGUCUACCUCGACUCCGACCUCGUCCUCGUCGACGACAUCGCGAAGCUCGCCGCCACCCCGCUCCCCGCCGGCGCCGUCCUCGCCGCGCCGGAGUACUGCAACGCCAACUUCACCUCCUACUUCACCCCGACCUUCUGGGCCAACCCUUCCCUCUCCCUCACCUUCGCCGGCCGCCGCCCCUGCUACUUCAACACCGGCGUCAUGGUCAUCGACCUCCGGCGCUGGAGGGACGGCGGCUGCACCACCAGGAUCGUCGAGUGGAUGGAGCUGCAGAAGAGGAUGAGGAUCUACGAGCUCGGCUCCCUGCCGCCGUUCCUCCUCGUCUUCGCCGGAAACAUAGCUCCGGUGGAUCACCGGUGGAACCAGCACGGCCUCGGAGGCGACAACUUCCGAGGCCUGUGCCGGGAUUUACACCCCGGCCCCGUCAGCCUACUGCACUGGAGCGGCAAGGGCAAGCCGUGGGCCCGCCUCGACGCCAACCGCCCUUGCCCCCUCGACGCCCUUUGGGCGCCCUACGAUUUGUUACGAACACCGUAUAUCCUUGAAUCAUGAGGAGACGAAGAAGAAGAGGACGCAAGAGAGAUGUGAGAUCUUCUGAAGUUGAGAUCCUACUCUGUUGUGUGUGAAAUAUAUAUAUAUACUAUAUAUACAUAUGAUAUAUAUAGUAUAUACGGCGGUUAGGAGUUGAGUAUACGAUGAUGUAAAGGAAUAGAGAUGGAGAUGGAUGAGGUGAGUAAGCUAGAAUUGUUUGUACAUGAUAUAGUAAAAUACUAUAUAUAGACAAUUUUUACAGUCUUGCUCCACACAUCGAUCAUGUAGGGAUCAUAUAACAGCUUAUCAGAUUUUACUAAACACAAGCAGAAUAUUAUUAUUCCUCUCAUGCA